UUUUAGAUGUCAGCUGACUUCAGAAUUGCCCGGUGCUGUAAACCCACUGGCACUGAGCCCGGUCCCUCCUCCGCUGGCACCUGGGGUAUAAGUAUAUGGACCUGGAGAUUCUGAGAAGUAGACGAGGACCCAUACAAGACCCUCAGCCAUGAGACUCUUCAUCUUUGCCAUUCUUCUUGGGUUGGUCACCCUGGUCUUGGGUCGACGAGAUCCCAAUCGCAGUGUCAUGGCCGAUUCCCGCAGCGCAGAAGCGUUCAUCUCUAGACAAGAAUCUGCUAAUUUUGCCAAUAGACAAAAGAGCAGCAACCUCCACAAUCAGAUACACAGAGCCCCAGUGAGAUCCCCCUUAGAAGCGAAGAGAGAGGUGUGCGAGCUGAACCCGGACUGCGAUGAGCUGGCCGAUCACAUUGGUUUCCAGGAGGCUUACAAAAGAUUUUAUGGCCCGGUGUAAAGCGAUGCAGAGUACUCCCAGCACGACUACAACCCCCCUCAUGGUGCUUCCUCUACAGCUGAUGGUGGACUUGUGUAGCUGUAGGCUCUGUAUGUACGCGUUUUAGCUGCGCAGGCCGGAUACCGACACGGCUCCCGGUGCUAUACUGCCGGCACUUUGCUCGUCGAUCACAGGAGUGUAUAAUCAAUGCAGAUAUGUUAUCUAACUCCAGUCAGAAGAUGUAAACCUACCCCGCUGCAUGCAGAGGGCGCCACACUCCAUAUUGCUGUUGGCGCCCCCUGGUGGUGUUUACAUUGGACGGAGGAUUGUACGUCACCUAUGAGAUGUAAUAAGCUUGUCUUGUACUCAUCACUGUGGUUAUGAAUGCAGAUUACAAUAAAUGACUGUCAGAUUACCCCGCCUCGCUGGCUCUGCUAUAUCACCGACACUGACACAUGAGGUUCUUCACUCGUUUAAUGCCCACCAUUAUAUCCAUUAUUAACAUCCAAGAAAAGCACCUGGUUGGUUGGGGGGGGAGGGUAGAGCGGGGGACCCCGAUCCAUCCAUCUCCCCCUCCCCAGGGAUUAAAGGGUUAACAACGCAUCAAUCAGUAGGUUCCAGUUAUUGUUGCUGCUAGGGCACCCCCCCCCUCCCCAUAGAGCAAUUUGGGGUACAGAGUCACAGUGCCGACCUACAGGGCGACGUCAUCAAUUGCUUUAGUCUGACUGAUGGAGAAUGGCUUCAUUUGCAUGUCUCCGCCCACCACAGUUCCUCAAAUCCAGACCAAAGGGAUUAGAAAAACAUGGCUGCCUUCUUCCAGGCACCGGCCUAGGGAUGGUGUCUGCUUUGGAUUGAAUUGGGCUACGUUGCAAUACCAGAAACAACCUGUGGACAGGCGUGGCGCUGUUUAUGCAAGAAGGCAGACAUAUAUUUUUUUUUUUAUACAGUAUAGUUCCUUUAAAUCCUUCACUUUUGGGAGGGUGUUAGGUUUAAAGCUCCACCAUCUGCCUGCGUAUGGUGGAGCCCCCACUGCGCUGUAGGUUACCAUUGGAAGUGCAACUACUUGUAAAGGGAGCGCUUCCUAUAAUAACGUUCUGCAUGUAGCAUUAAUGGUAUCUGCGCCCAGGUGGGCCAGUCGUAUACCAAGAGCGGCGUCCCUCCUGGCCAAGUGUCACAUGAGUCCUGGGAGCAAUUCUGAUUGGUUAGGAGGGCGCAGCAGUUUAUGGGGGCCCUUAGCGGAGUUCUGUUGUAGAGGGCGGCUUUAUUUAUUUUUGGGGGGGGGGGGGUGCCCUUUAAUUACAGCGAUAGAGAUUGGUUAAUACUCAGUAGUCACAAUACAAUAGUCCAGAGAGGAGUGUGCCCCAGCCAGAAACCUGACCCCGGUAAUCAAAGAGUUAAUCGUCAACACCAAAAUAAAAAAGAUUUGUUACAAAAAUAAAUUGUUAGAAAAAUUAAUAGAAAAAAGUAUCCGGCGGUUAUAAAAAGAUUUCUACGAAGGCACAUAAUAGGCACCCCCUAAAACCAGGGCGGGGAGCAAUAUGGCCGCCAGUGCACAUCUCACAGGGGUCAUCACCCAACGUCACCCUGAUUGGGGAGGGGGGAAAUUGGGGGGCAUGUGCUUGACCUGCGUCAGCAGAUAGAAAGUGGUCAGGGCUCGACCCUUCGUGUUUAAAAAUCUGUGAUAAAUAUUUUUUCGAUGAAAAUUAAUAGCAGCACCGAAGUAAAGAGAAAAUAAAGAUGGCGAUUCCUCAGUGGUUGGACGAACCGCUCGGGCGUCUUUUAAGACCGUAUUUCUACAUCAGGAGUGAUGUAAAGCAGAUCGGUGGGUGGAGGGGCAAACAGCAGCUGUAGAGAUGGAGGGGGAAGGUUUAUUGUCCUCCGAUAUCCAGUCGAUGAACCCGGGAGGUCCGACACGUCCUGAUCCGAGUGCGUCCAAGGCAGUCACGAGCUCUCACUCCCAGAUUCUCCGCUCCCUCUGAGAUUUGGAAUUCCAUUCCAGGCAGAUCUUCCAGAGUUCAUUCUUUUGACCAGUUUCUCCGACAUCGCGACCCCAGUAGGACAUUUAGUACAUUCAAUCAAACAGAGGCCAUUGGGGGUGGGGGUGCAGGAGAACGCACCUGGGACCUGGUAGUCCUGAGCGGUUAUUAUAUGUGUUGUUGUUGUUGGAGAGGACAGUGAGCUCCUGACCAUGAUGUCCUGGAUCCUUAUCUAUUACCUCCUCCACCCAAACCGAUCUGCUUUCCAUCGCUUGUCUCAUUUUCCCCAUGUACUUUGGUGUAUAGGCCCAAGUAGCCUUCAAGGCUUGCAAUUGUGGCAUCAUCUGUUCACGCACUGAGGAAUCGCCUAUUUACUGGCCAACAUGGUAACCAUAUAUUCUUUUACUUCAGCAGCACCGAGUCAUCGGAUAAAACUCUACAGCAAUGCUGCGCUUCAACCACUAGAUGGCGCCAGAGGCACUGCUAGCUCCUGUGGCCCCAGCAUGGUACAGGAUUCAUAUCUUCUCCAAUGAGGUGAGAACUGGCUAAACGUGGCGCAUGUAUAUUUAGGGGCCCUUCCUCCUUUUCUAUUGCGUUUCCUCUUUACACAAAAAAUAUCAACUCUAAAAUUCACCUGCAAUAAACCCGAUCUACUUAUUCAGAACUCCAGUCUGACCCCUUCCGUGAAGGAGCUAAACACAAUCGGCCCCAGGACCGACCCACCAUGACAACACUCCGUCCUUUUUCCACAUUCAUAUUAAACGUUCUGUGCUCCUGCACCGAUUCAUCCCAUCCAUUUUUGGGAGAAAUUUUCCAGUGAGCCCCCGAUAGACCUGGCAGUAGCAAUGUUUAAUGAUCCCGGACAAGCCCCCAUGUGUUAAAUGGCCCCAGUUUUUAAUGGUCCCACAAAGCCUCCAGUGCUAAUUAAUCUCACACGAGCACCCAAUGUGAAAGGACCCUAGAUGAGCCGCCACUGAUUAAAGAUCCUGGUUAAAUGGGUUAUCUGGGAUGUGAGAUUGGUGGGGGGGGGGCGACUCCCUGGAACCCCGCUGAUCAGCUGUAUGAAAAGGCUUCAGUUCCCUGCAUGUUAGGCCUCUUCCUAGGCCAUUAUGUUCAUCGGUCACAUGGCUCAUCAGCCCCAUUUACGUGAACUGCAAUACCGAGCUCAGCCACCAUACAAUGUACGGCGCUGUGCUUGGUAAGCCGUUAGAAGGCUGCAGCCCUCAUGGGAGAGCUGUGAUCCCCUCAAACAGCUGAUUGUGGAGGUCCCGUGUGUCAAACUCCUGUCAAUCUCAUAUUGAUGACUUAUCUUAACCCUUUCGCUGGUAGCGCUGUGCAAGCACGACGCCCGCUCGCUCGUGUAGAGCAGCAGAGAGCAGCAGCUAAUUACCGCAACCUGCAAUAAUGCCGAUCGCAGUAAUUAAAUGCUUUGAGAUCACGGCA